AUGUUCCGUCUACAUAGAGUCUGCCUAUCGCAGGCGCCUCACCUUACUACUGGAUCACAAUCAAUCGCACGCUAUGCGCGUGCGAACACAAGGGCUCUGAAUACCGCCGCCCAGCCGUCGUUUCUCCGAUCGUCGCCAUGGCCGCGACGAUUGCUUUACAUGGCGAUCUUCGGCACCUGUGGCGCGGCCUUCAUAGGCAGCUGGAUGGAUGAGAAUGUCUCUGCGCCCGCCCUGCCAGGUACGCUCGAGGAUCAGGGACGACUCGAGGGGAUCAAUUCGAAAUUCGAACACUGGCUGCCGAUCGUGCAGAGGUUGCGAGCGAACCCCGACUACGUGGAGGCCGAUGUCUACGGCAAUUUCUCCGAGGACGAGAAGACGCAAAGGCUCACAUCCGGCCCGCUGCGAGGGAGUAGAGGAAUAGGACUUCAGAGGGUCUUUUACAAUGACAAGGAAAAAACGGCCGUCAAUGUCGCAUACCUUGGGCCGGGUCUGGAAGGGUGGCCGACCAUGGUCCACGGAGGAGCGCUCGGUACGAUCAUUGACGAGCAUCUAGGCCGUGUCGCAAUCCGGAAUCUCCCCCAACGCACCGGAGUCACUGCCAAUCUCGAGCUCCAAUACCGGGCACCGGUCUUUUCGAACAACUUCUACACAUUCCAUGCCACUCUGGAUCAGGAGCGAAGUACGGAGCGCAAAGCCUUUGUCCGAGGCGAAGUUCGUGAUAUGGUUGGGAAAUUGUGCGUCGAGGCCAGCGCAUUGUUCGUCGUCCCCAAGAACUACAAGCUCCGUGAAGAUGGGGAGCGCUUCUAG